AUGACUGUGAGUAUGUUCCCUAAAAUUUUAGAUGCCUGUGUGACACCUAAGUUAAACCUCUCCAGCCCUGAAGGUGCUGAAAAAGCAGCAUUAAUUCUAAAAAGACAACUCUGUACAGCGACCAUUAAAGAAACUGAAGAAAAGAUAAAAUUUCAAUUAAAGAGCGCUCCAGCAGAUGUGGUGAACGUUCCUAAAACCCGUCGGACCUUCUGUAAGAAGUGUGGUAAGCACCAGCCCCACAAAGUGACACAGUACAAGAAGGGCAAGGAUUCUCUAUAUGGCCAGGGAAAGCGGCGUUAUGACAGGAAGCAGAGUGGCUACGGUGGGCAGACUAAGCCAAUUUUCUGGAAGAAGGCUAAAACUACAAAGAAGAUUGUGCUGAGGCUUGAAUGCGUUGAGCCCAACUGCAGAUCUAAGAGAAUGUUGGCUAUUAAGAGAUGCAAACAUUUUGAACUGGGAGGAGACAAGAAGAGAGAGGGCCAAGUGAUCCAGUUCUAAUCUUUGUCUUUUGUUUUAUUAGGAUAAUAAAAUCUU